UGGUCAAGAGUGCGCAUAACUUUUGAGGUUACAUUCCUAAUAUUAUUUUGUUUACAUUUUACGAGACUUUGAACUACUUAAAAAGUACUUUUAAUAUGUGCUUAUCACAUCACAAUGACUGAAGAAAAAGAUAUUUCUACUAGGACAUGGGCAAGAAAUGUCAAUAGUAUUUUAAAGGAUGGAUAUUCAGAUGGCGUUAUAGACGGACAAAAUGCUACUUAUCAAUCGAGUUUCGAUAUGGGCUACUCACAAGGCCUUCAAUUUGGAUUAGAAUUGGGCUUAAAGGAGGCUAAGAGACAGCAAAACGGAGUACCCAUACCUCAAUUAAGUGAUUCUAGAAGAAUUAAUUGUCAGAUAUGCAUAGCUGGUGAUAUUGAUAGAAAAAAUAUUGGAGAUUUAUUCAAUAUACAAAAAGAGAAAAAUGAUGAGUACCUGAGCAAAUCUGCAGGAUUAUAACAAAACCAAUGAUAAAUUAUCUUCGUUUUAUUAAUAAAAACCAUCUAAA